AUGUUCGGGAAUGGUGGAAAUUCCUUCGGUGCCUUGGCAAUGGACGAUGAUCAGCCCUCAGCUGGGCCCAGCACUCAAGUUAUAGAAGGAGAGGAGCUGGAUGUAGAUUGGAUCCAACUAGUCAGGACAAAUCACGAUGUCGAUGUGCGGGUGUCGGAUAAAGUUGAAUUAGAAGGACUACCGGCGGAGUGCAAUCUGAUGGUCGUUUCAAAUCUUUGGGAUCUACUGAUUGCUGGAGGCAACAACGAUAUACGCAUACAUCGUUUAUCCCACUUUCAUAAGGUAUUGGAAGGUGCAGCGAAGGAUGCUUCUCCAACUUCAGAUGCCAUACAGACAAUAUCCCUUCCUGCCAGACCAGUCUGGAUCAGACUUGCGAUGAACGAGGAACGUCUGGUGGUUGCUACAGCUGAGGGGAGUGGAGUACAAGUUUUUAAAUUAAAGGAAGUUUUGAGCGGUAACACUGCAUCUUAUCACUCAUUCACCACUGAUAUACCCUCAUCGCUACUUGAAGUCCUGCCCAAUCCUGCUACUUCCUCGAGUGACCAACAUUCACGUCUUGUGAUAUUGCUGGCGAGUGAAGGACUAGUCAUAGCCGAUAUAGAAGAUCGUAGACUGUCAGCUCCUCUCUCAGGACCCUUUACAUGUGCGAGCUGGUCGGCGAAGGGUAGACAGAUAGCUGUCGGUACACCAUCUGGCAAAUUGGUUCAAUACACGCCGGAAGGUACACCCAAAGCUGAAAUACCAUCCCCACCCGACCUCGAGUCGUACUAUCCUGUCUUCGUUCAGUGGUUGGAGAACGAUCUUUUCUUAGUCUCCUACGCUCAAACAGGCGCUCAACCUGACGAUCAAGCGGAAACCUAUAUAAUACAUCGGAAUAAAUCUGAGUUCACAUUCACCAAAUUCUUCGAUCCGUUGAAUUCAAUGGGUCUGGCGUCUAGAGCAAGUCUAUAUCGACAUUUUUCUGGAUUGAAGACAUGGGGAGAGAAGACCAAACACCUUGCUCUAAUCGUUUCGGGAGCCUCGUCGGAGAUUGGUGUACUUCACGGGCACGCUGCUAGUGAGAAGGAACCCCCAAAAUGGGAGGUUUUGCUUUUGGAAGAGACUGCUAGAGGUGUAUUGCCUGCCGCCAAAGUGGGUGUUAGGGAUGAUGCGUCUGUCUUGGCUUUAGCAUUAGAUUUGACUUCAACGCAAGUGAUACGGCGAGGGAUCGUAGGAGGAAUAGAAUUGCCGGAUUUACCGCCUCAACCUCGAUUGCUCGCUUACACUCAAGAGGGCACGAUCAUCUCAUUCGACGUUCGAUAUCCCGAUGCUGGGCUAUAUCCUGGUAUGAUUUCUCCUUCAGACGUCACAACUUCUCUAUCAUCAUCAAGUUCACCCUCAACUCAGCCUCCGCCAUCUAAUCAGGUACCAGCCGCUACUUCCGUCAGCUCACCAGCUCCUCUCCCGUCCACUGGCUCUGCCUUCGGUUCUACGGGGUUUGGUCAAACAUCGAACAAUUCUGCCAGUGCAUUCGGUUCAUCCGCCUUUGGUCAAUCAUCCAUAUCUGCUUUUGGCUCAGCCUCCAAACCAGCUGCUUUCGGUGCAUCUGCAUUCGGACAGGCAUCAACCUCUUCACCAUCUGGGACAUCCGCAUCUGGCAGUACUUUUGGAAGCUCGAGCAAGCCUGGUGCCUUCUCCGGAUUUGGACAGGCCAGUACUCCAUCUGGUUUCGGUCAGUCCGCUUUCGGUCAAUCCUCUAAACCGGCUGCAUUUGGUGCAUCUACCAGUCCCACAGCUUUCGGAGCCAGCACCACACCAACGUCUACUCCUGCCAAACCAGCUGCAUUUGGCUCCACAUCGACACCUGUCCCUGCCUUCGGAUCUUCAUCGACACCUACAUCCAAACCUUCAGCCUUCGGUUCAUCUGCUUUCGGUUCUACCUCUACUCCUGGCUCAGCUUUUGGCCAAUCUGCUUUCGGACAACCGUCGAAGCCUUCAGCAAGCAGUCCCAGUGCUUUUGGCUCUUCAGCUUUCGGCUCGACCACUACCUCCUCUAGCUCGAAUGUAGGCUUUGGUGCGUUUGGAUCGACAAGCAAGCCUUCUGGUACUUCUUUUGGCUUCGGAGGGUCAGCCUUCGGUCAAGCAGCGAAACUAGACGAAACGGAGGAUAAAGCAGCAUCACCUUUUGGGAGCGGAGGCUCUGCUUUUGGGUCGACGAGUGCAUUCGGAACAGGAGGUAGCAGUGCGUUCGGUUCCUCGAGUGCUUUCGGUCAGAGUGCAUUCGGUUCCAAACAGACGCCUUCGCCUUCGUCAGAAGCUCCCAAACCUGCUUUUGCUGGAUUUGGCCCUCAGGCUUCUGCUCAAGACAAGCCUGCUUCCUCUACUUCUGCUACCAGUGAAUUCGGUCCAAAGGCUGACGGGGCUAACAAGCCAAGAUCUGCGUUUGGAGGCUUCGGACAGCAAUCGACCUCCUCUCCUGCCACAGAGCCAACCAAAUCAGCUUUCGCCGGCUUCGGAUCCACAACUUCUCAGACCUCGGCUUUCGGUGGCUUCGGUCAGAAGAAAGCAUCUUCGCCCGCUCCGGAAAUUAGCAACAACCCAGAAACAGACGAUCUUGGCUUAGACGGAUUUGCUUCUGCUCUUGGCAAAAACACUGAUCCUGCUGGAGUACCAGGACUAGCAGACUCCCCACCCGGGUCACCUGUCCUCGGAACCGACAAAAAGCCUGCCGGCUUGGACGACGAAACACCGCCUAAUUCCCCUCCGCCCAAGAUCGUGGCUCCAAAAGCCGCCGCAACAGCACCCUCAUCAUCUUCGGCUUUCAUCAAACCUGCUACUGCAUUUGGCGGAGCGCCUUCGGUCGGUUCUUUCGGUCAGAUCUCAAAGUCAUCCACCCCAGCUUUUGGCUCAGGGUCUACACCAGCAGCGUUUGCUACACUACCCUCUUCUUCUCCUUCAGCUUUCGGAUCGUCGGCAUUCGGAAAACCCUCUACUAUCGGCUCUUCUGCAUUUGGAAGCAGCGGCUUCGGUCAGUCUUCUGUUCCAGCUGGGUUUGGCCAAUCUUCCGUGCCAGCUAGCACUAAGCCUAUAGGUAAUAUAAGUGGUGGUUUUGGUGCUUUUGGGGCGAAGUCGGAUGGUCAACCGAAAUCAACCGGAUUUGGAGGAUUUGCCAGUAAUGGUACCUCAGUCUUUGGUGGUGAUGCGGAUAAGGACAAGAAACCAAAUGCUUUUGCUGGAUUCGGCGGUUCCGGCGCGUCGAUCUUCGGUAGCGCAACGGACAAGAAAGAAGACACUGCAUCAACUGCCCCUGAAAAACCAGGAACUCCAUCAGCGUUCUCUUUCGGUGCUAAGUCCACUAGCACCACGCCGCAAAAGGAGGCAACGACAGACCCGGCACCGCCCACACCUGAAGAACAGGUGGAAGUUCAAGGAUAUGACGUUCCCGUACCGUGUGAGGAAUCUAAACCCUCGACACCUGCAGCAACUCCUGAGAAGAAACCCCCAGUCCACCAAUCGACUACUCCCGACUCAACUUCCACCCAGCCAAUAGACCCAUUUGACGCGACCACACCUGUCGAUGGACCUACUGAAUCAACAGAACCUCCUGCCCCCGAAGAAGACGAAGAGCAAAUAUAUCAUGUCGAAGCUGGAGCAGCCUUCCUCGAAGAAGGUCAUGGGACGGAUGAGGAGUACGAGGAUGAGUACGAAGGCGAAGAUGACAACCAGGACUACGAGGAGUAUGACGAAGAGGAGUAUGAUGAGGGAGAGGGAGAAGAAGAAGAAGAAGAAGAAGAAGAAGAGAUACCUUUAGGUUCCGGCCGACGCAGAUCAUCGUCUAUACCUCCUGACAUGUCACCGAUCAAAGAGGAAGUAUCAGAUGAACUUGCUUCUGAAGAAGAUGAAGGCGAAGCAGAGGAGGAAGAAUAUGAAGAAGAAGCUAGCAAAGUUGAGUCGGAAUUAUCGACCACUCGAUCACUUACAAAAUCACCUCCAACAUGGUUUGCCAAACCUUUCAAGAGUGGAAAAUCUGAGACUAUCGACAACGGACCUAUCUCUCCUACUCCUGGUUCGGAAGGCGCCUCGUUAUUCGCUAGACUCAGUCCCGCUCCUUCCACCUCGCCUAAAGAAGAGAAGAAAGAACCCGUUUUACCUUCGACUACUCCAGCACAACCCAAACUCCCAUCUGCAUUCUCUUUCAAACAUGCUUCCAAGACUAGCUCCCCGUUGGCCGGUCCGCCUGAAAACGCAAGUACCACUCCGGAAUCGUCACCUGCUAAGCCACCUGCUACCUCAGGCUUAUUCGGCAGUAAGCCCAUCGAACAGAGUAAUAAACCGGAAGAUAAACCUGCUACAAGUGCAUUCGGUCUUUUCGGUACAAAGCCUGCUGGAGAGAACAACGAUCUAUCAGCUGCGCCUCCCGCUUUCAGUGGAUUCGGUGCUUUCGGUAGCAAGCCUGCAGAAACUAAAACAGAAGCAGCAAAACCCGCUAGUAAUGGUGGAAUCAGCUUGUUCGGUGCUCAACCCAAGGACCAGAAGGAAGAACAAGCCAAGGCAUCCUCAUCGGCGCCAAACGGAACCUUCAACUUCUUUGGCCCCAAAGAUGCUGAGGUACCGAAACCUGCUUCUCCUGCACCUGCUGCUGCUUCUGGUGGAUUCAGCUUAUUCGGGAAUAAACCAGCAGACUCUGUCAAAGCGGAGACUCCUCCGUCAAUUUUUGGCGCAGCCAAAACCAUACCUGCAAUACCUGCCGAAACCUCAAGGCCUGCCUUCGGCUUGGGUUUAGGUAAACCAGGAGCUCCUGCAACUCCGUCCGCUUCGCCUGGUGUGGCGAUCCAGCCGUUGUUUGGCAAACCUGUUCCUGCAGCUUCACACACGCCUCCCGCUGUUCCAGGUGUACCGGCUAAGUUCAUCUUGCCAACUCGAGAAACUGUCGCACCGCCCUCAACUAGACCAAAUGACGGGUCAAAAUCUAUGGGCGCGAUAGUGGAGAAGAUCAUUCUUGCUUUAGGAGAUGACUUCGAUAAUCUCAAAGCCGUUCUCGAUGCGAAUGCCAAAUAUCACGAAUCCUUCGACGCUACUGGACUUCCCCCCGUGACUGCAGACAACUUGUCAUCACACGAUAUCAUCGCUUUCUCAUCGAUAUCCCAAUUGACCAGCAUCGUCGAAGACCUUCGGAAAGAGCUGGCUGAUUUGAGGAAUGAGGACAAUGGUACCGAGCUGAAAUUGGCAGAACUGCAAUCUCGCAUGCUGAAGACGGACAUGAAAACUGGCCAAGCGGAUAAAUUCUUGAAAGCUAGACAAGAUCCAUCCUUCGCUAAGGUUAUGCAGAUCAAGGACCUCAGUCCGGAACAAGCUGCUAGCCAAACGAGACUCCGUAAAGCCGUGCAGGUCGCCGAUACCAAGAUCGAAGAAUUGGAAGCGUCUAUUGCUGGAUUGAAGAGACGAGCUGAAUUGCGAGAGCAGGGCAGGAGCAACACCCAACAACCUGCUCUUGAGAGGGUACAGCGAUCAGUCAGGAAUAUCGACGCGGCCAUUCGAGAUCGUCAGCAAACCAUCGAUGAUCUAGCUAGAAGGAUAGGCGGCGUUAAACUUUCCUCACCUGGUAGAUCUGGUUCUCCAGCACCUUCGUCUCUUCGAAAUACACCUAAAAAAUCCACUAUCGUCCAUUCUUCAAACACGGCGAGAUCAAUAUCCUUCGAACCUACCAAAGAGAUAUUGAAGGAAGUUGACAGCGCUUUGAAUGGAGAUAGGAAUAGUAGACUAUUGGGUAGAUUGGAGAAGCUCAAAUCUGCCAAAUUGACCAAGCUGGAGAAUCAAACCGAUGAUCAUAAGAAGCCAAUAAUGAUCGACGCUUUACCACUUCCUGGGCAAUUACCACCAUCUUUCUUGAAUAGCAUCAAAUUACCUUCACAACCCACAACAACUAAAGUUGAGCCAGCCGCCACUCAGACUCCCGAUUCAGCAAUACCAUCAACACCUUCAGCGCCUUUUACAAUCCCAGGGAAUACCUCCACACCUUCCCCAUCCUCGUUAUUUGGAGGUAUAAAAUUCAACCUUGAUCCGGGGAACAUAUCCGAUCUAGCCAAAUCGACGGGAGGGACUUCCACUCAUAGAGGAAGUGGGGGUGGAUCGACUAGGUCACAUACGAGUGCUGCAAAGUAUGUACCUCAUCAAUCGCUUGGGACCGGCAUUGGUGCUAGUCCCGUAGGUGGAAGUGGAAUAUUUGAUUUUAAAGGAAAGGGAAUGGAUGGAGAAGAAAAAGAUAAAGAGAAAGAGAAAGAGGGGAAAAGUAAACCUUCGGGAUUCUUUAGGUGA